GUCUCCCGCACGUUCCGACGUGCCGAUUAACCGCCACGUCGCGUCCUCCCACGCACAUUGCCACACCUUCCUCUGCCUCUCUCCCUUCCUUUCUCUUCCACGGACACCGGAGGAGAAGGAUCGAUCCGAUCAGGGAGGAGGCGUGGGCAGAGAUGGAUCUCCACAGAGGCGUGGCGCUGCGCGCGGCCUUGCUCGCCGCCGUCCUCGGCUUCGCGGCCGCUGGGUUCAUCUCAAAUGAUGCGCUGCUCGUGCACGGGCACGACACCGCCGGCCGGAGCUUGCUGCAGGCCAAGAAAGAUUGCCCAGUGAGCUUCGAGGGCGCGAACUACACGGUGAUCACGAGCCGGUGCAAGGGUCCGCUGUACCAGCCGUCGCUGUGCUGCGGCGCGCUCAAGGACUUCGCGUGCCCGUACUCCACCUACAUCAACGACGUCACCACCAACUGCGCCGCCACCAUGUUCAGCUAUAUCAACCUGUACGGCAAGUACCCGCCGGGGCUCUUCGCCAACACCUGCCACGAGGGCGACAAGGGCCUCGCCUGCCCCGAGGACACCCCGCAGGUCAAGCCCGGGGAGCAGGCCGCCAGCGGGGCGGCCGCCGCCGCCCCGGCCGCUGUGGCGGCUGGCGUCGCCGCCUUGUCCGUGUCGUUGCUGGUGUCUUGGUACGAUACCAAAGGGCCUAUGACGGAAGACAGGAGAGCCGAAAGCUCCGACAACAACCCAAAGGGUUAUGCGAAGCAGGAGUUCGGAGGGUGA